AUGAGCAUGGCUGACGAAUUAGAAAAGUACCCACCAAACAUUCAGAAACUAUUUCAACCAAAACCGCCAUUCCCCUAUGUUGACCCCUUAGAUUAUCCUCCUGAAAAACGUAGGACACAGCCGAUUACUCCCAUCUCCCAGUGGAAAAAUGCCAUCUCUAAAUAUGUUAAAGAUCUGCCGAAAUUAGAGGCACGACGAAGUAAGAAUAAGCACAAAAACCUGAACCUGAUCCUGAACCUGAACCUGAACUUAAAAUUCUCGAAACACCUUGCAAAUGCCCAGGCAGCCAAGAUCAAAAAGCAAUCACAAAAAGAAUCGUUCGCUCGUCAACUCCGUGACUGGAACGAUCCAGAAUUGUUUGAAAAACACGAAAGAGAAGUAAUGAAAGACCCUUACCGUACAGUAUUCAUAGCACGACUAGAUUAUUCACUUACUGAACUUGACGUAACGCAGCAUUUCCAAAAAUACGGCAUUAUUGAAUCUAUCAAAAUCAUACGUGACCGAGAAGGAAAGAGUCGUGGGUAUGGCUUUAUAGUGUUUGAGAAUGAGGCAGAUGCCAACACUUGUGUCAACAAAACAAGCAGGCUAGGUGUGAAAUUAGGCAAUAGAACAGCAUUGGUUGAUAUUGAAAGGAGCAGGAUUUUGCGGAAUUGGAAGCCAAGAAGAUUAGGUGGUGGUGAAGGUGGAAGGAAUCAUGUCAAAGAAGGGAGAGUUGCUUCUGCGGCGGCUACAGGCAGACGAGUUAAUAUUGCCAACAAUCCUCACAAUCAGCAACAACUAUACAAAACCCUGAUUGAACUGAGUCGAGGCAGUGGAGGUAACAAUUUAUAUGAAAGUGGUUAUGGCUAUCAAGAUGGUUUUAGCUCAUAUACAUCUCAUAAUUCGAACGCUCAAUGGUCCAGCUCGAGCCAUGCUUCGGGUUAUUUAAACCCUGGAGAACACCAGCAAUCUACUUCAAUAUAUUCGUCGUACCAGCCUUCUUCAGCCAGUGUGCCUCAUCCUCGUGCGCAUAUUCCUCCAACAACCAGCGUCUUUGUUGAUGGGGGUGCUUCUUCCUCUUUACCAACAACAUCCACCACUGUUUCUAGAUCUGUUGCUGCUACAAAUGCUAGUCCUGGGGCUAGUGUUAGUGCCUCUAUUCGAGACAAAUAUGCAAAAUAUUCUUCAACUGCUGGUGCCAAUAACCAACCAUCUACAGCAGAUAAGUAUGCAAAAUAUACUUCGAUCGGUGGUGGUAGCAAUAAUUCUUCUAGUCAGCAAUCUGCAUCUCGAUCCAUAAGAAGCAUCAGACGGAACUAA